UAUAUACAUACGCAAUCAUAUUUCUAUAUAUAUAAUUAUAUAAAGUGUAUAAAUAAAUGUCUGAAGCUCGAGCACCGAAUCGGCAGGCGGCGCAACCACCGCCGGUCACCGGAGGCGGCGCCGGCGUUGGUGGAGGACAGAUCUUAAGUCCGAUGAGACGUCACUUACCGUUUUCAUCGACUAAACCGCCGUUUAUUCCUUCCGAUGAUUAUCACCGUUUUCCGUACGCUAACGAUGGCGGUACUACGACCGAUCAACAGCCUGAAGCAAUUAUAGUUAAAUCUCCGCAACCAGUGAAGCGAAAAAUCGGAACGAGUUAUAGUGAAGUUCCAACAAAUGAAUGGGCAAGUGUUGGUUACACUGCUACGAUUAACAGUCCCCUUCAUACUCCUGUAUCAGUAAAAGGUGGGAAGGUAAAUGGUCGUGCAAAGGUCACAAAAAACAACAAAGCUCCUCCGCAGACCCCUACUUCAAAUGCCGGUUCACCUUCCCCGCUUACUCCCGUUGGCAGCUGCCGGUAUGACAGUUCACUAGGCCUAUUAACAAAAAAGUUCAUCAACCUCAUCAAACAAGCUGAAGAUGGCACUCUUGAUUUGAAUAAUGCUGCUGAUACUUUGGAGGUGCAGAAGAGACGGAUAUAUGACAUAACAAAUGUUCUUGAAGGAAUUGGUUUAAUCGAAAAGAAGCUAAAAAAUAGGAUCAGAUGGAAAGGUCUUGAUGCUUCAAAACCCGGGGAGUUUGAGGAAGAUAUUAAUCUAUUACAGUCGGAAGUCCAAAAACUUUCAUUGGAAGAACAUAGAUUAGAUGAAAGCAUAAGCGAAAUGCAGGAAAAAAUGAGGGACCUGAGCGAGGAUAAUAGCAAUCAAAAAUGGCUUUUUGUUACUGAAGAUGACAUAAAAGGUCUACCAUGCUUCCAGAAUGAAACCUUAAUAGCAAUUAAGGCUCCUCAUGGGACCACUCUUGAAGUCCCAGACCCUGAUGAGGCUGUUGAUUAUCCACAAAGGAGGUAUAGGAUAAUUCUUAGAAGCACGAUGGGCCCUAUCGAUGUAUAUCUUGUCAGUCAAUUCGAAGAGAAGUUUGAGGAUGCUGAUAGUGGCGAACAACCAAUGACAGCACCGGUUGCAACUAAUUCUGGCUCUGAUUGUAAUCCAAAGGUGACUACUGAACCACAUGGUCCACAUCCACAACAUGUUAAUAGUAUGAACUCCGAUCCUAAUUUACCUGAAGGUUCGCCUAGCAGGAUCAUGAGGAUAGUUCCUUCAGAAGUUGAUAAUGAUGCAGACUAUUGGCUUCUAUCAGACCGAGAAGUUCCUCUGACAGAUAUGUGGAACACAGAGUUACCCGGAAUCCAGUGGGAUGGUGUUGACUUACUUAGUGAAGAGUUCGGGUUGGCAGAAGUUGGGACACCAAGACCAACUACCCCAUCUGGUCAGGCUGAUGCAACCUCUAACGGUGCACCAAGGUGAGCUACAUACAACAAUAAACAUCAAAACAGUCAACUAAAUCAGCCGGGAAAUGUGGUUUUCAUAUUGAAGACCCAUCUUAGAUUGCCAGGCGGAUACAAUGAGAGAGAAGGGAAAUCCAGGUAGGAAGGAGGUUUAUUGUACAGUAGAAGAAAAUUCCGUUGGAGCUGGUUGGGAAUAAAACUUGAUUAUGUUUUUGUUCUAUACCAACAAUCUCCUUGCAAUAGUUGUAACUUGUACUUGUAUUUUCAUUUUUUAAUUAACUUUUAAUUAUAAUAGUAAUGAAUGUGGUUGCUAAUUUUA